AUGGGGCUCACAUUCACGUCAUCGAGCAACUCCAAUACUGGAAACAACCAAGUCCCGCCUGAGAAAGUGGGAGAUUCGGAUAACGAGUGGCUAGAUGCGGUGGAAGCUGGCAUUAAGGAAAAGUGGACGAGGGAGUUUGUGGCCAUGUUCUCUUCAAAACUGGGAGCGGCAGAGAGGGAAGAGGAAGCAGAAAGACGGUGUCGUGAGUUCAUGAAAAGAGGUGGUUGCAAAGAAGCCUAUACAGCUCUGGAUGACUGCGUGCAUGUGGAGGAAGCUGGAAUCCUUAGCCCUAAGUGUUUGGAACGCUACACGAUGAUGAUCAGUUGUAUGUAUUCUCACUCUGAUUACUAUCGCCCGAUGCUCGCUCUGCAUGAAUCUUGUGCUCAAUUCUUUUUCAAGGAGCUCAGCGCCUUUUAUGCCCAGGAAGCAAGCAACCAAAAAAGCUGA